CGUUUCGUUGUGUCUCCAGAUUCUCUGCUUUUCAUCGAGUCUCCUCACAUAUCUGCGCUAUCAAGAAAAAGUCUUUCAAAAUCAAUACAAUAGCAAUCAUGCGCUUCGGUCUAUUCGCUGCGAGCCUGGCCCUUGCCACCGCCAGUCCUCUGCUGGAGGAGCGUGCCAAUGGCUUCUGCAAAUCCGCAAAAGCUUCGAUCACCAACUCCGCCUCCGCCACGAGCUUCUGCUCGAGCUAUCUAGGCAUCACCGACAAGACGGUCACUGCGAAUACCGUAACGACUUCCACCUCUACCGUCACGGUCAACUCGGCGACAAAGGUUUCCACCGCGUCCCCUACCACAGUCACCGUCACUCGCACCGUCACAGACAAAGUAACGACGACCUACACCAGCUACCCGCCCGACAAGACGGUCACCAAUCCUGCCACCCUGACUGACACGGUGUAUUGCGGCCACUCCUCUCACUCUUCCGCCCCUCCGGCUGCGAAGAAACUCAUCAAGGCGAGAGCCACUCCCACCGGCUCCGCAUACACCUCCUCCUCCUGCAGCUGCCUCGCCAUUAAGCCGUCGACUACCACCGUCGCAGGCGUGUUGAAAACCAAGGUCGUCACGAGCACCGUGACUGCGAAUGGGAAAGCCAAGGUCACGACUACGCCUACAAUCACAUCGACCGUGACUUCCACCCUUUCAAACACCAUCACGAAAACGGUGAAAAGCACUGGAACCGUCACGGUGUACGCCAGUGUCUCGGUCACCUCGAGCGGUUGUUAGUUAGACGAUACUGAGUGGCGCUCCAAGGCGGAACGUGAUGUGAAUGGCUGGGGAAAGGCGGACACGAACUGCAGGAACAUUUGUAGCGUUUUCUAUUCAUGUACGAGGAAAGCACA